CCUUGCAGUGUCAGCUUAUCCUAAACCCAUAAACCCUAUCAACCGCAACAAUGCACCGAAACCAUAACAACUGAAUAAACCACAACUCUUCCAUUUCCAUUUCAAUGGCAAUUCCCACUUUAAAGCUAGCAUGCAAAUCCAAUCUUCAUCUUCGCCCUCUCCCAUUCCAAUGUGUCCGCAAGGUUGUGCCAAAAUCCGUACCUUGUGUUGAACCAGUGGAAUGUAAUAGAGACUUGAAUCGAAAACAAGUAAAUAAGAAGAUACCGGCAUGGAAGAAGUUUAAUUCCAAAGAGCUUGGGUUUCGAAAUUCUAUGAUAGCUAGUCCAAUUAAAAAGGUUCUCAACGCGUUGAAGAAAAAGGGGUAUAAUGUUUACCUUGUAGGAGGCUGUGUACGGGACCUGAUAUUAAUGCAAACGCCAAAAGAUUUUGAUAUUAUAACUUCAGCAGAUCUUAAAGAGGUGAUGAGAACGUUUUCAUGGUGUGAAAUAGUUGGUAAAAGGUUCCCAAUAUGUCAUGUUCAUAUAGAUGGUAUAAUCAUUGAGGUUUCAAGUUUUAACACUGCCGCUAGACGCAAGCCUGGUAGACACCUCGCUCAUGAUAUUGAGGCACCUGAGGGAUGUGACAAGGAGGACUAUCUUCGUUGGAGGAAUUGUUUGAACAGAGAUUUUACAAUUAACGGGUUUAUGUUUGAUCCAUUUGCAAAAAUUGUAUAUGAUUACACGGGAGGAAUGGAAGAUAUUAUAAAAGCGAAAGUCCGAACCAUAGUUCCAGCAGCUACUUCUUUUCAGGAAGACUGUGCUCGCAUUCUUCGUGCAAUCAGAAUUACUGCUCGCUUGGGGUUUAGUAUUUCAAGUGAAACUGCUCGUUCUAUUAAAAAUCUUUCAUAUUCAGUAUUAAGACUUGAUAAGGGUAGGCUUCUGAUGGAAAUGAAUUAUAUGCUAGCAUAUGGGUCUGGUGAAGCUUCUUUAAGGUUAUUAUGGAAAUAUGGACUUCUAGAUAUUCUUCUUCCCUUUCAGGCUCUUUAUUUUGUUCGUCAUGGAUUUCGGAGACGGGACAAAAGAAUGAAUAUGCUUUUGUCUUUCUUCUUCUAUUUGGAUAAACUUUUGGCACCUAACCGUCCGUGUCAUAGCUGCUUAUGGGUUGGUAUCCUUGCAUUGCAUAAAUCUUUGAGUGAUGAACCAAGGAAUCCCUUGGUGAUUGCUGCAUUUAGCCUUGCAGUUCAUAAUGGUGGAAACUUGUUGGAAGCGAUAGACAUAGCUAGGAGGAUCAACAAACCUCAUGAUAUCAGAUUUCCUGAAUUAUCAGAUCCCUACGAUCUAAAUCCAAAGGCUAUGGAAAAUGAGAUUUUAGAUCUUGCAGAGUCUGUUAAAGUGUCAUUGUUGCAGAUGACAUCUAGACACUCGGUAGCUCGAGCUAUGGCUGACUAUCCUCAAGCCCCUCAGUCAGAUAUGGUUUUCAUCCCUUUAGGAUUGUACCUAAAGGCUCUAAGCAUUUUUGACUGUCUGAAAGCAAGUGGUUAUAAGAAGUUCUCGUUCAAGAAAGGCAGAAAAAUUGAUUAUGAAUCCUUAGCUCAUGGUGACCUGCUAGAAACACGGCACGUGUUUGCAAGGAUUGUAUUUGAGACUGUAUAUCCAUUAAGCAUUGGUCAGUCCUAAAUGACAAUUAGAUUUUCAGGACAUUAGUUUGAAGUUUUAUGAGACAUUGGGAGAAAAUUGAUGCCGGGGUAAACAUUCAAUGGAACGUCUAGUCGGAUCAAAAUUGGAACAGAAGUGCUGUGAAGGUCAGAUUCCAGCAUCUGGCGUUUGAGUCGUAUGUGCAGAAAUUAUCACCAACUGGCAUGGGUAGUAGUGACAACUUCUGGACGGGACUUAUCUUGCUAUUCAAGGAACUUAAAGAGUACAUAGUCUGCCGGAAAAAUCAUAAGAGGAAAACCCGUCCAUCUCCCGAAGUUAAUGUAUUUAUUUUAUGUUCCAAUUUAUUUAUUUUAGUAAUUGAAUAAUUCUUUUGUCAAGUAUGAAACUUCCAUAUUGUUCUUACAGUGUUAUGCAAACGUUAUACCACUAAAAUUUAACAUUAAUGUUGUAUGUACAACAAAUUCAGA